GAGAAGCGCGUCUACUGAGCGCACACGAGACACGCGAGGAAAGCGCACUCUGUUCAAGAUAUCCGACUGAAGUUUUCCAGCAGCGACACGACUCUCUCAAAUGCAGCUCUAAAGUCAUUGGAUACACAGACUUACACGCAGGAUUUGGAGAGCCGGGCGGAAAACUUGAAAUAACAGUCGGAAGAUUCUCUCACAAACAUUCAAGAAGAAAAAAUGACAAAGAAAACGAUGCGCUCGUUGUGGAUUUAGUUUGGAUGUAUUUUCGCACUUGGUGACUUUUUGUCGAAUCCACUCAUUUGCCUAACAUGAUUGCUUUUAGACCACGAGUGUCGUGACAGGAGCUCAAACGAGGAGUUUUUGUUCGUUUAAACGCAUGCGAACUGGUCACAGAAACUUUUUCUCGGAGCAGCCGCAACCUCAUUUCUUUCUGACCGAGUCACCCAAAUAACGGCUCUCCUCAAAAUGCAACACUGUAGUGGGAUUUCUCGAUAUUUUCUUCUAUUUCUCACCCUGGCCCUGCAGCCGUCCGGCGGCCAGUAUCAUGGAGAGAAGGGCAUCUCCAUUCCCGAGCACGGUUUCUGCCAGCCCAUAUCGAUACCUCUCUGCACGGACAUCGCCUACAAUCAGACCAUCAUGCCCAACCUUUUGGGUCACACCAAUCAGGAGGACGCCGGGCUGGAGGUGCACCAGUUCUACCCCCUAGUGAAAGUGCAGUGCUCCAUGGACCUCAAGUUCUUCCUCUGCUCCAUGUACGCGCCGGUUUGCACGGUGCUGGAGCAAGCCAUCCCGCCGUGUCGCACCCUGUGCGAGCGCGCGAGACAAGGCUGCGAGGCCCUCAUGAACAAGUUCGGCUUCCAGUGGCCCGAGCGCCUGCGCUGCGAGAACUUCCCGGUGCACGGCGCGGGGGAGAUCUGCGUGGGUCAGAACACCUCGGACGCGGGAAGCCCGACCUCAAACCCGACGCCCUACGUCCCAGAACUGAUCACAUUACAGCCGAACGUGGUCAGACCCAGCCAGCAGUUCACAUGUCCGCUGCAGCUCAAAGUGCCCACUUAUCUCAAGUACCACUUCAUGGGCGAAAAAGACUGCGGGGCGCCAUGUGAGCCCACUAGACCCAACGGACUGAUGUAUUUUAGAGAGGAAGAGGUCAAAUUUGGCCGGCUCUGGGUGGGCAUUUGGUCCAUUUUGUGCUGUGUUAGCACACUGUUCACCGUUCUCACGUACUUAGUGGACAUGAGGCGGUUUCGUUACCCGGAGAGGCCCAUCAUCUUCCUCUCCGGGUGUUACUUCAUGGUGGCUGUUGCUUACGCGGCUGGUUUUUUCCUUGAAGACAAAGUCGUUUGCAUUGACAAAUUCAACGAUGAUGGUUACAAGACCGUCGCGCAGGGCACGAAAAAAGAGGGCUGCACUAUCCUCUUCAUGAUCCUCUAUUUCUUCGGCAUGGCAAGUUCAAUCUGGUGGGUCAUUCUGUCCCUCACGUGGUUCCUCUCUGCGGGAAUGAAGUGGGGUCAUGAAGCCAUUGAGGCUAACUCUCAGUAUUUCCACCUGGCCGCUUGGGCUGUCCCAGCGGUUAAGACCAUCACCAUCCUCGCCAUGGGCCAAGUGGAUGGUGACAUUCUCACCGGGGUGUGCUACGUUGGCAUCUACAACGUGGACUCUCUGCGUGGCUUCGUCUUGGCGCCCCUCUUCGUCACACAUGACGGGUUUAACUAA